AGAGAGAGAUGGGUAUGGGAUGGGGAGUUGUGAACGAUGUGAAGCCGUACCUAGCGAUGGUGCUGCUGCAGGUGGGGUUCGCCGGGAUGAACAUCGUUGCCGUGUCGUCCCUCAAGGGCGGGAUGAGCCACUUCGUCCUCGUCGUCUACCGUAACAUCGUCGCCACCGCCUUCAUGGCGCCCUUCGCUCUCUAUUUCGAGAGGGAACGGAGGCCAAAGAUGACAACCACCAUCUUCAUAAAGAUUAUGUGGCUCGCAUUUCUCGAGCCGGUGCUCGACCAGAACGUGUACUUCAUGGGCGCGAAGCUGACCUCGGCUGGGUUCUCGACGGCGCUCCUCAAUACCCUCCCGGCUGUCACCUUCGUGCUGGCCCUCAUCCUGCGCAUGGAGAAGGUGCGGCUGCGGAGCCUGCACAGCCAGGCCAAGAUCGCUGGCACGGUCCUCACGGUGGCCGGCGCCGUGCUGAUGGUCCUGUACCACGGCCCUACCCUGCGGUUCCCGUGGACUAAGGGCCAUCACCACGCCACCAUCGGGGGCCAGGGCGCCGCCGCGCGGGACUGGCUCGUCGGGACCAUAAUGCUCAUCGCCUCCUGCAUGAUCUGGCCGGGCUUCUUCAUCCUCCAGGCCAACACGCUCCGGAGCUACCCGGCGGAGCUGUCUCUCACGGCGCUCAUCUGCGGCAUGGGCUCGCUGAUGAGCGGCGCCGUCGCCCUCGUCGCUGAGCGCGCCAACACCCAGGUCUGGGCUAUCGGCUUCGAUAACCGCCUCUUCACCGUCGUCUACGGCGGCAUAGUGUGCUCCGGCGUGGCGUACUACUUGCAGGGCGUCGUGUCGAGGCAAAGGGGCCCGGUGUUCGUGACGGCCUUCAGCCCGCUCAGCAUGGUCAUAACCGCCGUCAUGGGCUCCAUCAUUCUCAAGGAGGAGAUCACUCUCGGAAGUGUGAUUGGGGCAGUGAUCAUCGUGUCAGGCCUGUACUUUCUCAUCUGGGGCAAGAGCAAGGACGCCAUCAGCCCCAGUCAAGUCUCCGACGUCAGCGUCAAGGGAGCCGGUGAACUGCCCUUAACCUCGGUCACCAACGGCCACGGCCACGGCAAGCAGUGCGGCCACGCCCACGGCAAGCAGUGCGGCCUCGGCAACGGCAACGGCGGCCAUGUCGACGUCGAGACGCCCACGACCAAUGGGCACUGCUAGCCAAGGGAUCGUGUUAUACGUACUGUAGUUGUUCAUCUAGCUUUUCCCUUGUACUGCAUAGUGCAUCGAUCAAUCAUGCAUGGAGACGAAUUUUCUUUU